GCUCUAGUCUAGCACACUAUCCUCAGAUUUAAAUAAGUCUUGCUUGGACAAUUAAAUACUUCAAUAUUUACUAAAUGUAUCUACGCAUGUAGUAUUGAAAGAUUCAAAAAUUUUUCCUAACUUUGUUCGGAUUUAAUCUACGCUAUUUACAUACCUACAUGCAUACGUUAUAUACCGUAACAUAGCCAUCAUGAACCCCUUAAUCGUAUCAUUGGUAUUUUUAUCUGUACUUAAAGUAUUGCAUGCAUUUACUUUAUUUAUGACGCUUAUUCAUGAUUAACGUUGGCAUGUUUAAAUUUAAGUGUAACAAAUGAUGAAUCGGCUACGAUCCGUGUAUUUAUAAAAAUAUGCAUGUCAACUAUUGUUCAGAUCAAUUCCAUAAUGCCAUUUUCGUUAUGUUUAUGAAUAAGCAAAUGCAUACAUAAGGUAUGUAAAUAUUAUGUAUGACAUGCAUCCAUGCAACACGCUUGAAAGCAACCAUACACGGAGAAGUAUUUUAUGACAAGAGUAAACGUUAGUUUACUAACUUGAAUUUUUACAUACUAUUUAUAUUUUAGCAUUAAUUUAUAUACUUAAUUUAUACGUAUUUAUACCAGCCGAUUUUGAAACCGCUCCGUAGUGUCCAUCCGAACAUUUUUCAUAUGGGUUACGGCAAUUUUCAACACCUAUGUACAUAAGUAGGUUUGCAAAUAUUUAUUUACUUAGAGGGCUCUUUCUUCCUUUCAUUUAUUAAAUCCUGCCAGUGUUCUCGAAUUAAUUAAUUAUAUUUACCAUGUUGCAAGUACGGAAAUCAACACUGUCAUUGCUAUUCAUAUUACUGACCAUAAAAUUCAGAUCCAUACCUGCCCUUGAACCUGCCCUUAAUCAAGUGCAGCAACUCGAUCCAAUUUCCCAUAAGCCAUCAUGGUUCCCCCAUAAUAUCGACAAUUACGUUUUAUUCGAUAAGAACAUGGUGGCAUGCAUCAUGCUACAUUCCGCUAUUCAAAUCUCGUUUCCGGUCAAAAACGAAAAUGAUCAAUUCUUCUACCUUGAAACAGUCGACCUUCCAUUGCAUGCCGUUACUAUUACGGGAAAUUGCUCCUUGGGCAGGCUUACCUUAUCUUGGGAUACGUUUACCAAUAAGACGAAUGACCUCGUAUUUUACUUCGCUGUUAAUGAAAGUCAUUACGAUUUACAAUAUGUUACUGGAAAGAUUUGGUGGUUUGAUCCUCCCCCAGAAGAAAAUGUGACGGAACUGGAAACUUAUUUCAUUUUUCAGUCGGAAAACGCCAAUCAUCACGUAGAAGCUUCAUUCAAUCACUCGUACUACUGUCGGGAAGAAGUCGUAAUUUCUGGAAAUAAUGGGUCCACCGUUAACUUGAGGCAUUUCAAGGUGGAAGCAUUUAGAAAGAGUGUUCCCUGGAAUUUAGUAUUUGGACCGGCUGUAAAAUGUUCCGUCCUAUCUUUCCAACUGAUCACUGGCAUUGUUCUUGUCGCCAUCGGGGGAAAUAUUCUUCUCGUCUAUUUCAUCGUGGGAGUUGGGGCUUGUGCGCAUGUCUGCUGCUUCAGGGGAAGGAAAAAAUCAAUUCAACAAUGCGUACCGAGUCCAAGUAAAGAGUAGUAAAUUUUAUGGGAAUAUUGAAAAUUAAGAUGACGGUAGAAUUUCUCUGCUUGAUAAUUUUAGCAUUAAAUAAAUACAAAAAUUUCAUGUUAGGUAAUAAGUAUUUGUUUAAGUAAAGAUAAGAAUAAUUUUGUCAAUUAAUAUACUUAAUUUUGGUUAAGCGGAUAUGUAUGUUAGUAUUAAAUAAAUAAUACAAUAAAUAGUUGUUAAAUCUGAUAAACUUUGCACACUUUAAGACUACAAACAAAAAUAAAAGUCCAAUAAUUCAUGUCCUGUC